CGUCACGGCACACAAUGGCAGCCACUGGUACAGCUGUGACGGUUCUCACUCCUAAUGGGAGAAGACAGACAGUUAAGGUGUCUGCAAACACACCGUUAUUACAGGUGCUGGAGGAUGUCUGCAAAAAGCAUGGAUUUAACCCCGACGACCACGGACUGAAGUUUCAGAGGAGUGCUGUUGACCUUACGCUACCAUGGAGGUUUGCCAAUUUGCCCAACAAUGCCAAACUGGAAAUGGUGACAAGUACAAGGAAACAGGCUGUAGCCGACAGCCAGGUGCGGAUUGCGCUGCAGAUGGAGGACGGCUCUCGGCUCCAGGGUUCCUUCUCCUGUGGACAGACUCUGUGGGAACUGCUCACACAUUUUCCCCAGAUCAGUGUGGCGGAGUCAGAAUCCACUCCUGUGUGUGUUUACAUGAGGGACGAGGUGAGUGGCGAAGAAGCACUGAAGAAGACCACCCUGAAGUCUCUGGGUCUGACUGGAGGAAGUGCCAUUGUCAGGUUUUUACUCAAAAAGAACAAAGCACAGGGAGAGGAAGACGGCGGGAAAGCCACUGAAACAACUGCUAUGCCAACCACACCUGUUGCCAAGGAAACCACGCCUACCCCAUCACCUCAGCCUGCUCCUGCUCCGUCACAUCCGGAGAUGUCGACAACAGAGGUGCCAAUUAAAAAUUCAAGCCCACAUAUGCCACCUGACGCCAGCCCUACUUCAGCUCCUGCCUCUGCCACAAGCAGCACACUUCCUGUUCAACAGGAAGAGGUUCCAAACUCCCAGGAUGCAGUUCGGCCAAAGAUUCCUCCUGUUGAGAGAGGAGUUCCAGAGGGGGAUGGUGAGGAAGCAGGGCCAUCAGGACUGAACUCUCACCCAUCAUCUUCAUCCUCCUCCUCUGCACCCUCGGCUCCUUUCAUUCCCUUCUCUGGAGGGGGUCAGCGCCUUGGAGGUCCCUGUGGAGGUGCAGCUGGACGCUCAGUAUCUUCAUCUUCAUCAUCCUCAUCUCUGUCAGCUCUAACUGCUGCAGUAGAAUCACCCAAAGCCAAAAAAGCAAAAUCCAGCCACGGUUCCAGCACUAAGCGUCAGACCACUGCCAACCAGCCAGAAGAGGACAUGGAUCAAGGCGAGGACUACUUGGAGCCAGUAGAGAGGGAGGUUCUUAUCUACCACCUGGACACAAUGUCCCGUCGCUCCGAGGACCACAGCGAUCUGCCUGACGAGUUCUUUGAAGUGACGAUGGAUGACGUGCGCAAGCGCUUUGCCCAGCUGAAAAGUGAGAGGAAGUUUCUGGAGGAGGCUCCGCUGAUGACUAAAUCUCUGAGAGAAGCACAGAUGAAGGAGAAGAUGGAAAGAUAUCCCAAAGUGGUCCUGAGGGUCCAGUUUCCAGACAGACACGUUCUACAAGGCUUCUUUAGGCCUUUGGAGACAGUUGGUGCCGUGAAGCAUUUUGUGAGGAAUCACCUGGAGGAUCCAAAGCUUAGUUUCUACCUGUUCACAACCCCCCCAAAAACCAUCCUGGACGACCCUUCGGCCACACUGUUUCAGGCCAACCUGUUUCCUGGCGCUCUGGUGUACUUUGGCUCUGACAUUAAGACAGAUUUUUACAUAAAGAGGGAACUGCGUGAAUCCUCUGUCUCAGCCUCGCAAGCAAAUGAGUCCAUUGCAAGCAGCAUACUCCGGUCCACGACACCCUCCAGGUCUGAGGGAUCUGAGGAGCCGUUGCCUCCUCCAGAGCUGACAGCGGACACCAGCGGGUCCACACAGGAUGAGGGUGACCCAUCUGCACGCACCCAGGCUGCUAAACCAAGCAGAUCUGAUCCAGGCAAGGUGCCCAAGUGGCUCAAGCUUCCAGGUAAGAAAUAACGCUGCUGCUGUGUUGAUGGGAGGACCUGCCAUGACUGACGUCUGACGAGCUGCGGACUGAGUAGAGCACUUAAACCUUUGCUGCUUUUUUGAUAAAGGCUCAAUUUUGAGACAGCAGCGGACUAAAUCCAUCAUGGAAGAAGCCUUAGGUUUUAAAACGGUCAAAGUAAUGAGAUUAAUGACUGCGUAAAUAGUGAGUAUUUCCUUGCUGAGAGGAUUGCUGUGUUUCAUUCCGGCUGGUCUCUGGGAGGAGAGAGUGACGAAGAGGCUGCUUUUAUUCAGCAGGUGAAAAUGUGGUGCAAAUUCAAUAAAGAUUGUUGUACUAAAAGUGA